ACAUUGAUGGCAAAUUUGCGAACUGACCGCGAACCAAAGAUCAAUGUCCGAAGAAAAUUCAGCUUUUAUAAAAAUCAGUAGAAUUUUCUACAAGUUGGAAGCAGAAGGAGAAAUCAGCACAGAGCGCAAAAAUGAGGUCGUCUCAUCAGACGGCGCAGCAGACAGGAUUCAAGUUCUGGAGAAAUGUCCUGUUGGUGAUGGGUGUAUCGGGACAUCUCUUUUCUCUGUUGGGUGUACAUGUGGGCAAAUCUGACGCGACUUUCUCAACAAAUUGCCUCAUGACGUUGCGGAUGUACGACGUUGCAUGUAUUAAGCGAGCACCUACAGGUGACUAUGUGCUGUUAGAUCUAGCAGGCUCGCGUGUGGUGCCAGACGGUGCUAUGUGUCUGCUAAACCCAGGGUACCCAUGGAGGACUGUCGUCAUUUGUAAGAAUAAACGUUGGCAGCAGCCAGACCUGAAGAUGUCCAGCAACUCCCAGCCUUUAAUAAUUUGCCCAGGUGUUAAAGAUGUGUACACAGGCAGACGUGAAACAUCAACAAUCGUUACAUGGUCUGAACCUUCAGUCUGGGAUCUGGAGGAUGGAAAUAUUACCGUGCAUCAGACUGGCGGCAAGAGGUCAGGGUCGGAGUUCGAGGCUGGGACUCACCUGGUGCUGUUUGAAGCUGUGGACAGCGGCGGGCUGAGGGUCACGUGUCAAAUACAUUUUCAAGUUCUGGUUCGUAAAUGCCCUAAGAUGUCAGUCACCAACGGUUACAGUGAGUGCAGCCACGACAACAUCUACGGCAGUGUGUGUCGCUUUCGGUGCCACCCAGGGUUCGAGACCACCGGGGAGACUGACCCCGGCCCCCAUACGAAUGGAGAGAUGACGGCGUCCUGUGAAAGUGACCAGAGUUGGGUGGGCGUGGCAAGCCAAGAGAUAAUCUGUGAAAUGAUACAGUGCGAGCAGCCGGUUGUCAGAAACGGUCAGCUUAUUUGCCCAUUCGUGAACUACAACUCGGUCUGUAUUCUGUCAUGUGAUGCGGGCUACAAUCCCAUUGGUCAGCAGCAAACGUUGUGUUUGGCCAAUAAAACAUGGACACCCUAUGGACAAUGUCUAGACGUUCAACCACCAACCAUCUCUUGCCCGACCACAAUAGAAGCACCAGCUGGGCCAAAGCUUGGACAGGCUGAGGUCUUCUGGGACAAGCCGGAAGUGUCCAACAACUCAGGGCUUGAAACCGAAGUUGUUAGUGACGUCUUUUCCGGUGCCAACUUUAGCGUGGGAACACACGUAGUAACAUUUACAGCAACAGAUGCUUCUAAAAAUAGAAACACUUGCAAAACUUUGAUCGUUGUCAAAGUAAUCUACUGUCCAGAAUACACACCAGCAUAUAAAGCAGACGUGACAUGUUCCCAUGGUGCCGCCUACGGUUCUGAAUGUAUCUCCACGUGUCACCCUGGCUACGAAUUACGUAACGUCACAGAGCGCGCGCAGACGUGUUUAUCGAACCAGACAUGGAGUGACGUCAAACCUGGCUGCAGACCACGGACAUGCGCAGCGCCACCCAAAGUCCUACAGGGACAGUUCUAUUGUCCUCGGGGACAUCAGUACAAAGAAAAGUGCCACCUCCAGUGUAACCAUGGAUACCAAGUCACUGGACGGUCAAGCAUCACGUGUACUGUCAUGGUUCGAUGGUCUCAGGCAGGUUUUUGUGCAGAUGUGAGCGCCCCCUACUUCCCCGCCGGCUGCACUGACCAGAUGAAAGUGGAGGCCGCAAGUCUAGGAGAGCCGACCUACGUCAUCUACCAGCUACCGGAAGUUGAGGACAACUCUGGGAUGGAGGUCACAGUUACAGGCGACCCUGUGUCAGGGUCCAGCUUCAGUCUGGGCACAACGGAAGUCACCGUCACGGCAGUGGACCACAAUGGGAACAACGCGUCAUGUUCGUUUAAAGUCACGGUUGAAAGUGAGUCUUUAUAUCUUAGUAAAUAA